UAUGGUACACCGUAAUGCAGAAAUCGUUGAUAAGACUAUGCAAAACUUUAAAACGAAAAUAGGCAAGGAAUACUCAAUUAAAGAUCUACUGAAAGUAUGGGAUUGCAUUUCUAGUUGGAUUGAAAACAAUAUAAGCCAAGACAAAGCAAUAAUAUUAAAAGGAAUCGGUUAUUUUACUGUGGCUAAAUGGGUGAUAAAUCAAAGCGAAAUACAUCCAUAUACAAUAAGGAAGCCAGUUUUUGUCAUCGAUGAAAAGCUAGCGAAUGAUUUUAAUUUAAAAAGAAAAAGAGAAUAUAAUACCGGAAUUAUACGAGAACGCUAUUUAAAUGUUUUAUCGGUUGCCCAGAAUUGUAAUUUAAAUGUGGAUAUGGUGGGUCAUUGUUAUAACGAAGUCGUUGUAGCCUUUAAGAAGUUACUAUACGAAGAAAAAAAUUGUGAACUUCCUUUCCCGAAAAUUGGUAAAUUACAAAUAAAAAACAAAAUGGUAACAAUGAAGUAUUAUCAAGAGUUUUUAGAACGACAAGAUCGGGUUUUUAAAAAUAAAAUGCUAGAAAAUCGAAAAAAAAAUAAAGCCAUUUACUAUCUUCCAGAUUGGAAUGCUGAUCAAUUUGAAAAACAAAAACGACCGUGCUCUGCAAUGUCAACUAUUUCUCGCCCGGCAUCUUCGUUGUCUCAAUAUAGACCAGGAACUGGUUAUGAAGGCGUGUUGCCUAAUACCUGUGGCACAACUAGACCCAACUCUAGUAUGUCAGUACAUCCCGACAACAACGACAUUAUCUGCAGACCCGACUCAAGACUGUCUGUCCGUUCCUACACUUCACAUGAACAGAUUAUACCAACUAGACCCGAUUCUAGAUCUUCUCUACAGUCCCAUAAACAGCCGAUAAGCAGACCCCUGUCCAGGACGUCUGUCCAGUCAGCUGAAUCAAACAGACCUAUCAUCAGUGCUCAGACCAUGUCAUGUGAUAAUCAGACAAGACCGAUUUCAAGGAUGUCAAAACAAAUUAGGCCGUCGUCAAGAACAUCAGUGCGGUCAGUAAGAUCUAACUGCAGCAUGCUUUCGCAACACGAGAAAAUUUUGCCUUGUGCGUGUCCCGUUAAAUCAACUGCAAAAUGUAAAGAUUAUGGACUACCAGAAUCGCUACCACACGAUUUAAUCGAUUCGGCUGUACCACUAGAUUCUAAUUUGUUAACGUCGAAACUUGAAGAAAAAAAGCACUGUGUUGAUGGAAAAACCACAUUUAUGUAUGGAAUUGAUAAAGAUGAAACCCUCUGCCAUUCGUGUAAUGUUAGAGAAUAUCGUUUAAGUCAAAUAAAUAAUAUAUAUAAACCUGAAUUAUCUAGAGAUAAUUUUAUGAAUGGAGAUAAUCCAAUUAAUGGACUUUUAAACAUAGAAACUCAAAAUAAACGUAAAAAUAGAUCAAAGCAAAUAUCUGAAUUUAAUUAUAAUACUGCAAAACAAUUAGCAAAUGCGAUUAAAAAUGAAAAUAAUAUAAAUCGAAAAGAUAAAAAUUGUGAUAAUUAUAUUUUGAAACAAAGACCAGCAAAUAUUACUAAUAUUAAAAAAAACCACUUUAAGCAAUCUUUACUAAAUCAAAUAAAUUAUAACAAAAUUAAAAAAGAAACAGAGAAGAUUCAAUCUUUAAAAAAUGAAGAACUAAUACAAAAAGAAUUGUUAAAAAAUCUAUGUGAUGAGAGAAUAAGAAAUAUAGAAGCAAAAAACAGGUCAAAAAAAAAUUAUUUAAUUAUCCUUGAUGAACAACUGAAGAAUAAAACCAAAAUAAUAGAACAAGAGAAGGAAAAAGAUAUAAAAUUACCGUUAAAUACAACAUUUGUUAUCGGCUCUGAUCAAUUUAAAUCACAGAAAUUAAACAAUUGUAAACAUCGUCAGAUAGCUUAUUACCAAUUAAAACAGCAAAAUGCGAGAAAUAUUGAACUCGAAGAACAAAAAAAGGAAAACAUUGAUUUUGAAAGAAAAUUAUUGAAUAAGCUUAAAGAAAAGGACGAAACAUUUCAAAAAAAUUUGAUACAAAAAAAAUUAAACCAAAAAAAAUUGUUAAAGGAAGAUUUAGACAAAUUGUUAAACAUUUCAGUAACAGAACGUCAUAAAAACGAAGUACCUGGUUCAUAUCCUAUGAACUUUCCACUGAAAAAAACUGUGAAACGAUGCCGAAUAUGUAAACAAAACGGACUAGGAUUUCCAGUAGAAAAAAUAACCGAUUUCAUGUGUUGA